UGCACCAGGGGGAGGGUCCGUGGUGGCGGCUGGGCGGAGAGCCGCCUGCGCAAGUCCAGGCCGACGGAGCACGCCCGGCCGGGGGCUGGGGAGGAGCCGAGGCUCACGGCCAUCCAGGGUCAGCGCCCCGCGCGCUCCGGGGGCGAGCUCGGGGAAGGCGCUCCCUCCGCACCCACCCCCGCCUCUGAGACCGCCCGCCCUCCGGGCUCUUCCGCCUUCUUCCGGACCCCCUAGCAGCUCCCCGGGGAGCCGAGGGCGAGCGUGGACGGGACCUGCGCGGGUCCCUAGACGGGCGGCCUUGGUGGCUUCGGGAGUGGGGACACGCCCAGCCGGAGACGCCGGGCUGGGCGGAUGAAGCUGGAGCGUAGCUGUGUCUAGGGCAGGCGAGAGCCCCGAAGCCACCUGCGGAAAAAGAUGCCUGCCUUCAACAGAUCGUGUGUCCUGGCUUCCCUCUUGCUCAUCUACGGGGUCAGCGUCUGCUUCCCCGUGUGUGUGGAAGUGCCCUCGGAGACGGAGGCUGUCCAGGGCACCCCCAUGAAGCUGCGCUGCAUCUCCUGCAUGAAGAGGGAGGAGGUGGAGGCCACCACGGUAGUGGAAUGGUUCUACAGGCCCGAGGGCGGCAAAGACUUCCUUAUCUACGAGUACCGAAAUGGCCACCAGGAGGUGGAGAGCCCCUUCCAGGGGCGCCUGCAGUGGAACGGGAGCAAGGACCUGCAGGAUGUGUCCAUCACCGUGCUCAAUGUCACUCUGAAUGACUCCGGCCUCUACACCUGUAACGUGUCCCGAGAGUUUGAGUUUGAGGCGCACCGGCCCUUCGUGAAGACGACGCGGCUGAUUCCCCUCCGAGUCACCGAGGAGGCUGGAGAGGACUUCACCUCCGUGGUCUCAGAGAUCAUGAUGUACAUCCUUCUGGUCUUCCUCACCCUGUGGCUGCUCAUAGAGAUGGUUUAUUGCUACAGGAAGGUUUCAAAGGCCGAAGAGGCAGCACAAGAAAACGCGUCUGACUACCUUGCCAUCCCUUCAGAGAACAAGGAGAACUCUGCGGUCCCAGUGGAGGAAUAGAACAGAAGCGGUACGACAGAGGUGGCCUGAACACUGAGGGACUGAAUAGCCCAGGUUCAGUGAUGUCAACAGCAUCAUGAGGGUACCCCAAGGGUCCCAUCACUUCUCUUCCUGCAUCCAUCUUUCUCUUCAUUCGUCCACACAUCCACCCACCUGUGAGCUUUCACCUCUGACAUGAAACCAUCAUAACUCCAUCAGAUCUCUACGCACCCUGAGAUUUGGCCAGAACUGAGGAGCCAACAUCUCUACACAGACUCAACCUCUCCCUGUCCUAGCUUUCAAGCAAGCAACUCCUGUGCCAGCUGGACUUCUCCCCCUGAGCUUCCAAUGAUUUCAUACAAGUGCUAGAGGUAGCACUUGCCUCUGCCCCUAACUGGCUGGAACUGACUCGUUCUCCAUUGCUGCAACAGAAUGGAUGUCUACGUGGAAGGAAGCAGGACUGACUAGUUUGGAUUAAAGCAAACACAUGUCAUAAACUUGGAUUUCUUGAAGUCAGUGUUUCCAAGCUCAUGGCUCUCUGGGCUAGAGCACCAGAAUGAAACAUCUCUCUCUUUAGGUUCCCUAGAUCCUUAUGCAUGGACUCAAAUGCUCUCUGGAGCUUAGUUUUCCAGGGCUAGAUCUUGAUAGGUUUCUGAGGCCUGGGUUGGAUUCAGUCCUUCCAAGCAGCCAAAGACAGUGCACGGGACAGUGCACGGGAGCGCCCCCUGAGGAGGAUACCACCUGGGCUCUGGGACUGAAAUUCCCAAGUUCUUCCUCUAAAAAUGUCUGUGAAUCAGUAUUAUUCCUCAUUUCAUAGGAGGCAACUCAGACUCACACAGCGUUCAAGUGAGUGACAGACUUAAGAGGAUGAGAGAAAAGCCUUAAGCGUUGCCCAGUGUACUCCCUGGGAUGGAUCACUGAGCUUGGCUAUGGCAAUGGCUCUUUUACAAGCACAGAUGAGAGUGGGUUGCCCAGCUGAGGUUAGCUCUGAUUACAUGGAGGUAACUAGAAAUUGGCCAAAAAAUCACAGAUGGACACGAGGUGGACCCAAAGGAUGUGCUUGGUGUAAAGAUGCGUGGAUGCAUCUGAGAACAUUUAACCAGGAAGAAUGCUGUUGAACCUGAGAUGGGUGGUGAGCGUAAGAGCAGAAGGGAGGGCUGCUUCAUCUCUGAAGCCAUGUUGGCUUUGUGUUUUUCCUCCCAGAUUAUGAGGGAGUAGGGAACUAGUGGGAAAAAUCAGUCAACAUCUCCUGUUUCAUUCUGAUUGAAUGGCCCAAGGGUGACAACCUUCAGCACAUUGUCACGCGGGGAAGGACUCUCUAUGGAUUUUAAGAAGAUACAAGUGAUUGCGAUUCAAGGGCAGAGAGAUCCCUUGAAUCCGGGGAGCUGCAGGGCAAGACCACUGUGCACUGACUCUGGGCUCCCCCUGGAAAGCUCAUUCUUUCAUCUCUUCCAUCCCUGAAGAGGAAUUAGAAACCACACCCUUAUCCCAUAUUAGAGUCUGAAUUUGUUCAAUAUCUGCAAUAAAUUCAGGACCCUUGUGAUGGGUAAUUUCCCACACAAUCCCUCUGAAGUAGGGGAGAGAAAACAGAACAGUUUUCUUAUUUUAUAGUUAGAAAAACAGGCUUGGAUUAGUGCCAGGUUUUCCCAGUCAUGUAGCCUGUGGAUGCUGUAGCUUGCCAUAGUAGCAAACUACUUCUUAUCUCUCCACUUGCCUCUUGGUUCCAGUGGAUCUUGCAUCUAACUUAUUCCCAUGUAGUAUACAUAGCGGCCUUUCUCUCUUUUCUGCUUAAGAAAAUGAUGGUUCUGGAGUGCAGUUUUUUGGAGCUGAAUGGCAUCGGUCAUGUUUAUCCCCACUCUUCAGUUUUCUAACUCUUCUUGUCCUAGAUACUUUCAUUAAAACUAUAUGGUUUGCAAAGCAUUUUCACUUCAAUUAUUUUAUUUCUUUUCCACAACUAGUCCUGUGAAAUGGAUAUUAUUAAUACUUGUGAUACAUUUCCAAAGUUAAGUAGCUUUACUAAGUCAUGAGGUCACCUGGUUGGUAAGUCCAGCCAGAAUCCAAGUCUCUGACUCUUUUUCCAGUUCCUUUCCAUGUAGACCAGAGAUUCUUCUUUCUUAUUUUUUUUCACUUCUGUUCAAUCUUUGCCUCUCUUUCUUGUUCUGAUGUUUGGCAUCUUCUCUCACCCUAAUCCCCUUCACGCUUCUUUAAUGCUUUGCUUCUUGAUGGAUUGCUAGAAAUGUGUUUUGAGAGUCAAUUCUACUUUGGUUAUGUUUCUGGUUGGUUUGUGCACCCUUUUUCCUCCUGAAUUGCAAUUAAACUCCUUCCUGGGAGACUUGAUCAUGGCUAUAUAUCCACAAGGUACUGUGAUCACCAGUCUACUUCAGUUUGUCCCCCAGCUCUCUGGUUCUCCCUGUAUUUCUUUAAAAGACCCAGACUAAAUGUAUGUAGCUUUUGAAACUUUAUCUGGCAUGUGGUUGCUUACUAAAGGGCUUAUUAGAAGAGUCCUCAAGGGCUAUUAUCACCUUAGAAACCCCAUCUGUUGUCUUGGUGCUGGGUAUUUCCCUUGACUGGUCCUAAAUGACACAAUUCACUAAAGGCCAAGCUAGGUUGGGUCUGACCUCCCCUUGGUUACUGUGUCACAGCCGUGACUUGAUUGCUCAACUCUGUGAGCCCUGGAAGCACCUUGCCCUCUUGACUUGAACUGUCAGCCCAGUCUCUUUAUCAAAGCCCCAACCCCUGUGUGGAAAUACUUUGUCAGUCCGUGCUUGUCCCUACCCUAGCUAGCCUUUAUCUUUAGUCUGUUUAAAAGCGCUAUCCUUUAGUUUCCUCAUCCCCAAACAUCCGCAUACCCAGACUUCCUUCUGAGUGUCUGGUUUUUCCUUAAAUGUCAAACAAGAAAUAUUAGUAGGAAAGGAAUUCCUCUAAGCAGGAAUGUGCUGGGAAAUGUCAUGAGUAGUGAAUGGUUCAGGGAAGACAGCGGGUCCCUCUCCUCCCCUAAUACCAGAUCUAAAAGAAAAGUAGACCCAACUUAGAAUCAGUGAAUCCAUUUCACAUAAAUCAGAGGGAAAAGGCUGUGUGAUUGCAUUUUUGCAGGAAGAAGGAAAAGGAAGAGUUACACACACUCAAGUAGAUCCUUCUUCCCUUUUCUGGUUUAACGUGGAAAUAAAAAAAUCAGACUUCUUUCACCUCAUUUUACAAAUCAGAAAAUACCUAACAGCGAAUUCACCAAGUCACUGUAAAUAUAUCUGACCAGUACUUGGUGUGCUCAUGAGUCCAGCCAUCCACCCAUUCUGCAAAGAAGCACCCACUGCGCAUCAAGCACUAGCCUGGACCCUCAGUGUGCCCUGUUGUCUUAGGUCUGAAAGACAGCAUCAUCCAAGCUUGACUUGAUCUCUGAAAGCUCACGUAGUUCACAUUUGAUUCAGCCAACUUUCUCCCUGUACUGACUACGCUAGGACCCGGUAGAUAAGUACAUCUAAGCAAGUGGAAGUUACAGAUCCACCUCAGCCUCUUUCACAGGCAGCCAAACCCAGCACCGUUCAUGUCCUGUCCCUUUGCUGUGCAUCACCACUGGGCAACAGCUGCAUUUAACGGGCAGUGUGUGUGUGAUGAGGAGGGAGGCCACUGAGGGGCAGUGCUCAUAGGUUUGUGAAGCACCACUGAACACAAUGAGAAAAUUCUUAGUCUUGCGACAGAACUGGUCCCCACAUUGUCACCUUCAUAUUGCUUUUUCUUGAUUUUCCACAGCCAAUCUUUUUCUGAAUUCUAGAAAUGUUGUUCCAGACCACCCGAGCCCUCGACAACCUGAUGCCUGUGUGUAGUGUUUUUCAGUAAACUCCCUGUUUGUGUCAAUAAACUGUCACUGAGAACCAUG